GGCAACUCGCGAGCUACGAACGCGUUCUUUCUUGUUGUUUUGGAAAGGGGGACGGUUUUUGCGCGGGCGCUAUUCAACGGUUUUUGGAUAUCUCGGCUUAUCAGGAUUUGUCGGGAGGAGUUUUGGGAAAGCUAGAAGAAGAGGAAGGGGAAAAAAGUUUGAGUGGAUUGAGACUUGGUGGAUUUUACAAGUGGACUAGACUAAAACAGUCGAUUUUGGGACAAGUGCACCGGCUAAAGUUGGAAGAUGUGUCGAUGAAGUGUUUGUUUACAAAACAAGCUCUGUUGUGUUAAGUGCCUUGCCGUUUAAUUUAUGGUAAACAUUUGUGGACAAGUUUGAAAGUCACGAAGAUAAAUGUUGGAGGAAAGUUGAGCAACACACGAUUGUUUCGAAAAGAAAAGAAUUUCAAAACCAUGAAGAUGCUAGUGAUGAUGGUGGCCACUGUGGUGGCGCUGGUCCCGAUGAUCGGGGCCAUUUCGUACUGCCCGAACAGUUGCACGUGUGACGACGAAAAGUUGCACGUGACGUGCGGUGAGGGUGAGCUGGACGUUCUUCCGAUCGCGCUGAAUCCGUCGAUUAGGCGGCUCGUCAUCAAAUUCCACCGGAUCCGGUCAAUCGACUCGUCGAUUCAGUUCUACACCGAACUGACAAUGUUGGAUCUGAGUUACAACCAUUUGCUGAGCAUCCCGGAGCAGAUCUUCAUGUACCAGAAGAAGCUGCUACAGCUACACUUGAACAACAAUAAGAUUGGAUCGCUCAGUAACAAGACGUUUACCGGCUUGACGGAACUCCGGGUUCUGAACCUGCGCGGAAACUUCCUCGAUCAGGUCACGGGUGAAAUGUUCCGCACGCUGCCCAAGCUCGAAGAGCUCAACUUGGGAGGAAACCGGAUCAGUCAGCUGGACGCGAAGGCAUUCGAAGGCCUGACGGAACUUCGCAUCCUCUACCUGGACGAUAACGCGAUCAAGACGAUUCCAACGCUCUCGUUGACCCCGCUGAAGACCCUGGCUGAACUGUACAUGGGUACGAACUCGCUGUACAAGAUUCAACCCGGGGCGUUCGAGGGGCUUCAAUCGCUGCGACGACUCGACAUCCACGGGUCUAUGCUGGUCAACAUCACCGUUGAUACCUUCCGAGGCCUGGAAAGCAUUCGCGCGUUGGACCUUUCCGAUAACCAUCUGCUGAAGGUACCGACGUUGCAGUUGAGUGUGCUGAAACGGCUCGAGGAUCUGGUGAUUGGUCAGAACGACUUCGAGACGAUUCCUGAAGGAGCGUUCUUUGGAUUGACGAACUUGAAGAGCGUCGACAUCUCGGGAGCGCUGAACCUGAAGCGCAUCCAGAAGGAUGCUUUUUCCGCGAACCCAAACCUGGAGUCGGUAACGAUUGCGUCCAACAAGGAACUGCUGGAGAUCGAUGAGGGCGCCUUCUCCGGACUUCCCCACAUCAAGAAGGUCAUUCUGCGCGACAACAAGAUCUCCACGUUCCGCGAGGAACUGCUCCCGUGGAAGCACCUAACGGACUUCGAUCUCUCGGAGAACCCACUAAGCUGCGACUGUCAACUGCUCUGGCUACGCAACCUCCUCCACCGGAAGAACGUCGAAACGGAGGAGGCCCAAAUCGUGUGCGCCUACCCGGACCGUCUCCACGGAGAAUCCCUCCGAGACAUCACCCCCGAAAUGCUCGGCUGCCAGCACCUCCAGUCCAAGGAACGCGCCAUCUUCGGUGCCAUCAUCGUCGCGUCCGCCGCCACCGUCACGACCUUCGUGCUGAUCGUGUACCGCCUGCGCCACCGCAUCCUGGACAUCUUCCGGCGGCACUGGCGCACCACCAAGCGGGACACCCUGCAGGAGGAAAAGGACAUGGAGAUCCAAAAGUCCCUCGGUGAAGGCGACUACCACCAGCCGCACUGCAACAUCUACACGUACAACUACCACCCGGUGUUCAGGAACCAGCAGCAGCACCCCUCCAUGUACGCCGGAGGCCAGUACUCGCUGCCCUUCCCGCACUACCAGGCCGGAAGUCAUCAUCACCAGCAGCAGCAGAUCCCGCUGCCCCAAACGCCCGUCGUCAACGGAUCGCUUACGCUGGGUCACCUACCUUCUUCGUUGAGUGGCCACAGCUCGGGCGCGUCCUCGUCCGGCUCGACCGGAACGGCCACGACGACGAUCUACUCGCCGCAGUACGCGCACCACAUAUACGAGGUGCCCAAGAACGUCGCGGACACUUAGGCGUUACUGGCUUGAAUGUUAGAGCGAGAGAGCCACCAGGUAGAAUCGGGUAUUAUCAUCAAAAAAAAUGUAGGGUUAGGAAAUUGUCAUUGUCUCGCGAAGGCCGGGAAGUUGGGCUGCAUGAGCGGUUUGAGGUUUGACUCAAAUAGCUCAUUUUGUCCAACUGUCACCGGUCUAGUUCAUUUUCUAGGACACUCAUACAAAUUCACGCGCACAUCCUUAACUGUUAUUCAAGUGUAGGCUAAGACAAGAUGUAUAAAUUAUUAUUAACGCAUUAAGAAUGGCAAAACAAAACUGAUUAAUAUAUUGUAUUACCAGCGUGUGAAUGCGAGCGGGAGAGUGAGUAGAAACGAUGCAAAGCUUGAAAUUUACAUGGAAUUUAGUGUGAAAUUUAAAGAAGAUUAAAUGUAAAUUUGUUUCAGUGUUUUCACAGUAUGUUUUCACUUUGAUAAGCGUUGCAGUCAAUUUCAUGUAAAUUUUAGUAAGUCACUAAAUUAACUUGAAAAUCAUGUAAUUUUACAUGAUUUUUGAAACCUAUUCAGAAUAACCUUACAGUCAAUUCCACGUAAAUUUCAACCAAAUUUGUCUUCGUUGGAGUGAAUGCGAAUAAGCAACACACAUGGAACAGAAAAUCAUAUCGUGAAAA